UCUCGGGUUCAAAUAAAUUUCGGAUUUCCGAGUGGGCGGUGCAUCGUUUGUGUGGAGCGUUUGAACGGUGCUCCGCCACGUGCCGUGCCGGUUUCGAAAUCGAAAUGCGGAAUAUCCCGUCGGCUCCCGGGGGACAGUUGACGUCGCACGCGGCGCCCCCGUACGAGCAACGCCAAGCGUACGUCGCUUGGCAGUGUCAUCGCGGCGAAACGCUCGUGCUCGGACCGCGUACGCGUACGCGAAAACGCGUGCGCGCCGCGACGCUCGGACCGAUAUCGCCGCGAUACCGUUGCAUUGUUAGUGUCGUCCGUGCGGUAAUGCGGUUUUCGGGUGUCCCGUUACGGCCGGACGUUGCGGGUCCCGCUGACGAAGACCCGUUACGGUCGCGUCUCGGGGCGUACGCGACAACGCGUUUUGGUACGCGCACCACGCGUAGGGUACGGGCAG